CUCGUCUGUCAGCCUUGUCAAGGUGCGAGUGUCCAGCCUUAUCUCAUUGUUUUCAUCACAAAUACGUGGAUUUUAGCACUAAUAAAUGACAUUCCCAUCGUGGAUACCAGACCUCUAGACGAGGACAGCGUUUUGACACGGCACGGUGGCCGACUGGUUAGAGCGUCAGCCUCACAGUUCUGAGGACCCGGGUUCAAUCCCCGGCCCCGCCUGUGUGGAGUUUGCAUGUUCUCCCCGUGCCUGCGUGGGUUUUCUCUGGGCACUCCGGUUUCCUCCCACAUCCCAAAAACAUGCAUGAAUUGGAGACUCUAACUUGCCCGUAGGCAUGACUUAGGCCUGUGCAGCCAUGGAACACCUGGCUGUGGAUGAUGACAUCUGCAUCCUUAAACACGAGACAGCCUACACUGCUGCUGGAGAGAGCCCUGUAUCAGUGUGUGCUGGCGAUGAAUCUGUAGCUUCUCAUUUUGCCCUCGUCACAGCCUAUGAGGACAUCAAAAAGCGACUAAGAGAGACUGAGCGAGAUAAUACUUUCCUAAGGAAACGAGUCAAGCAGCUGGAGGAUAAGCUCUUCCGACCUGAGGCUUCAGAGGGUCCCCAAUAUGUGAACAAGGCCUUCAGCGCAUAUCGAGGUAUCUAUAUUGAAAAGGAGGACCUGCAGCUGGAGCUUAACAAACUGAAAAAAGAGAAGAGUGAGAGUGAGAGGCUGCUGACAGAGCAGCUUCAAAGCAAAGAGCUGGAACUGCUUCAGCUUAGGACAGAGAUGGAGACCAGUCAAGUGAUGAAGAGCUUGAACAGUCCUCAGGACUACUGGCAGAUGGACUGUGUUAGUGCUGAGCGAAAGAUCUAUAAACUUCGGGAAGAGCUGGAAAGUUUGACAGUGGAAAACAACAGACAACUACUGGAAAUGAGUGGGGAGGAACUACGUGGCCUGAAUGGAGAGAAUUUGGAACAGAUGUGCGAUGACAAGUUCAAUAUUAGGGAGAGGAGCAUGCAGCAGGUAUAUGAGGCUUUAUGUUCUGAGAUGACUCAUCUGCGUUCAGGGCUGAGACACCAAACAGGCCUGAUUCAGAAGCUGAGACCACUGAUCAGUGAGACAAGACAAGUUCCAAUUCAGUGUCUGGAAGAGAUUGAGACAAACCACCAUGCAGUUCUUCAGUCACCAGUACAUCGAACCCCCAGUGCCCCCCCUCUACCCUCUUGUUCUGGCCGCCCCUGUCCCCCCGUUGGUGGCCCAACCAGCACCCUGUUACCGGACAUUUUGAGAGAGGACUGUUGGUAUAAUGGCCCAUGGCCAACAGAGCAGUGCUCUGGAGAGGCCUUGAUUGGGAAUGAGACCUCUUCUGUCAUUUUGCCCCCACCUCCCCUUAACCAGGCCUCCAUAGAUGAUAGUUCUAGGUCCUUCCCCAGUCCCCCCAAACCUAGUGAAGCCCUUUUCUGGGAGGGACACUCAGCUGCAUCAAAUUCAUCAUCCUUGAUUGGAAACUGCAGCCCGAGGAGCCCUCCCAAUACAGAGUGGAUCAAACCGUUUUGAGAGGAACUUCAGUACAGAGACUAUGAUUUUUGCAAGCCUGCCACAUAGCUCGCACCUAAUCUGCCUUAAAUUAAUAAUGCCACUCCUCAGUGGGCUGAACGAAAUUGGACCUGCAAAUUGUGGGAACCAGAUGAAGGCCAGAAGAGGCUUUGAGGUAAAGACUCAACAUCUAUUGCAUACAUCACUGAUGACCAUAUACCACCUUGCAGAGACUAUUCUUAUGAUGUACCCCAAAAGGACCCAGUUGUUUGUCCAAUGUAGAGUUGAUAUAUAAAGUCCACACACUCCUGUUUAAAUGCCAGGUUUUUGUGUUAUAAAAAAUGAGACCAAGAUGAAAUCAUUUCAAAACUUUUACCAUCAUUAAUGUGACCUAUAACCUGUAUUGGAAUUGUAAUUGGAAACAGUAUGAAACCUUUCAAAGAGGGGAAGAUGAAAUCAUUUCAAAACUUUUACCAUCAUUAAUGUGACCUAUAACCUGUAUUGGAAUUGUAAUUGGAAACAGUAUGAAACCUUUCAAAGAGGGGAAGUAAAAAUAAACUGAGAUAAUGUGGUUGCACAAGUGUGCCCUAGGGGUUGCUCUGAUUAGUCGACCCGACGACUUCACCACUCAACAUUGACGGCGGUUUGAGUCGGUUAAUUGCCAAUCACGUGUAUUGGCACCUUGCUGAAAUCAACAGGUGGUCGGUCAGUGCAGUGGUGCUUCAAGCGUGUGGAAAUAUUUUACUAAAAUGAGGCUAGUUGCACUGUCACUUGCAAAAUAUGCAAGUCUGUAUGCUCAAAUAUAACAAAAGCACAAGUGCUAUUAACACCCAUCUGAAACGGCAACCGUUAACGCUAGGUUCUGAACAGCCCAAAAAAACAAAACGUCAGCGGUGUGGGACAGACAACACGUUUGAGACAGACAAAACGUAAUGCCUGGAUCAGACUACAAGACAAACUUGGUCUUUCACGAUUGCACUAUGUCAGACUACUGCAAUACAGUCUUGUAUUUUCGAUACCAGCGCAUCCCGUCUUUUACUAUCACUGGCCUUUAUCUUGUCAACUCAAACUCGACCGGAUACACUCGUUACCAUGGCGACGAUAUCGCAACGCAUGCAUUAUAAGAACAAAAUGGGGGAAAAGGUGCUGGUUGUCACUGGCGCUUGGGAGAUUACGUUCAUUUAAGGCUUGCUUGAGGUAUGUUCACAUACUUUUAAUACGAUACGGCUCGCAAGCAGGCAACAAAAUGUUAUGUAGCCUAGCAAGCUAGUGCUAGCACUAACAGUUGUAAGUAAACAUGCCAGCGUUCUGUCGAAUCAUGCUCUAAAGUUUUUGUGUGUGUGAAGCAAUUUAAUUACAAUAAUUUAAUUACAGUAAGUUAGCACUCAUUAUUUCCGUCAUGUUGUAAUGUUGGUUUGACCUGACUGAUUAGAAUACAUUACCUGACUAGAGCAGUGAUUUCCAACCUUUAUGGAUCCAAGGCACAUAUUUUACACUUGAAAAAUCUCACGACACACCAACAAACAAAAAUGUCACAAAAAGUGGAUACAUUAAUUACUGUAUGUACUUCCUGCCGUCUAAUAGAAGUCCAUUCAUUUGUUCCGCCUGUCACUAUGCCUCACUGGCAUAAAUAGAUGAACAUCCAUCCAUUUUCUGUACCACUUAUCCUCACUAGGGUUGCGGGCGUGCUGGGGCCUAUCCCAGCUAGGUACACCCUGAACUGGACAAAGAUACAUUAUUUAUUGUAAAUCUAAUUUUUUUUGCAAUUAAGUACACAAUUAUAUACAGUAAAUGAACAAGUCAUUUAAAUAGACACAUUGCGCCAUCUUGUGAUCGGUUAUCAUUUUUUUAAACCCAGUGAUCGGCCCCAAAAGUCCUGAUCGUGUAAAGCCUACUUAUAACUAGGAAUGUGGCUAUGUUCAGACUCAACCAAUCACAUUCAAACUCUUUUUAAAUUGGAGUCAGCACACACCUGCCAACAUUUAAAGUGCCUCUGAUUAACCCCAAAUAAAGUUUCGAUGUUCGAGUGGGCUUUUCCUGACAUUUUUCUAGUCACCUCUGACUGCACAAGUCAUGGGCCACGAAGAACUUCCACUGCAUCAGAGGGAUCUCAUUUUUCAAAAGGUAUCAGUCAAAAGAAGGGUACAAAAAAAAAAAAUCCAAGGUAUUAAAUAUACCAUAGAACACAAUGAAGACAGUCGUUACCAACUGGAGAAAAUGUACUGUUCUGCAACAGCAACAUUAUCCAAAUUUAAUCCCUCCAAAAUUGCUGAAAAGAUCAGACGAAAACUGGUCAGGAGGCCUGCCAAGAGGCCAACAGCUACUUUGAAGGAGCUGCAGGAAUUUAUGGCAAGUACUGGCUGUUCAGUACAUUCGACAACAAUCUCCCGUCAUCGUCAUAUGUCUGGGCUGUAGGGGGGGGUGGCAAGACGCAAGUGUUACACACUGUGCACACUUGUGGUACCACUUUAUCUCAGUUGUUUAUUUUUACCUUCCUUCUCCAGACUUUUUUUCAAUUGAAUUGUACAGUCUAAAGGUCACAUUGAUGGCGGAAAAAUGAAUAAUUCCUCUUGGUCUAGUCUUUAAAAAACUGGCAUUUGAACGGGUGUGCAGAUGUUUUAUAUCCACAGUAUAUACGUGCCUUUAUACGUAGUUUGAUUUCUCUGCAUUCAUAUAUCUGCAUCAGAGUGUGCAUGUUAGCAAAGCAUUCUGUGGUCAUCCCUGCCCCUGUAUGCUAGCAUCACAUCAUUACCAAUGUAGUUAUUCCAAGAGCCUGUCCCCGGGGCCACAGAUUCUUGCAGAGUACAAGAACAUGAGUCCUGUUGCUCCCUCUGUGCAACUAUGUACAGGUUUAAUCUCCAUUCAAUACCUUCAUCGUGUGGAGGUGUUUAGGAAUGAGGCUUUGAUGUGUUUGUGCAGUGAUGGAGAUUGUCUAAAAUUCUCACUACAUGAAGGACUGAACAUUUUGGUCAGUAGAUGCAUGUGUAUGGGCAUAUUUGCAAGUUGUUUUUGUAACCGUUUUAUGGGAUUUCAUCUGUCACUUCUGAUAUUGCAAUAUUGGAGAUUACAGGAAAAGGCAAAUAGCUCAAAUAUUGAUAAACACCAAAUUUCCCCAUCACAGAAAUGGCCUCAUUACAUGUCUUGUGUUUACACAAGACAUGGCAGUACUAUUGAAAGAUGCUGAAUACAUUAAUGUAAGCUGUGCAUUUAUUUUAUUAUCUGACCGACACGUACGCUGUGUGUUGGUAGUUAUAUCAGGAGCUUUUGAAUCACGGUGUAAUUACACCCUGUACUGUGCUUGAUGUAUAUUUAUGAUGUUUAGCAUUAUGAGGGAUGUUUGUCCUAUUUUUUGAAAUGUCAGGUAAACAUCACCUGACGGAUUCUUAACUCCACAGAUGGAACAAUAAUGUACGUAGUUGUGUAAAUGAAAUGUAUAUGAUGGGUUACUACAGUUUUGCACUAACACCUGAGUUCUGUUUAUGUCCGCUUGGUUUUAAUAUCUGGUGUAAAGGCAAGUUAAAUUAAAGAAAUGUGAGCUGGGUGUUGGGGAAAAGGUGAAAAGGCUAGUCUUCAAAAAAUUUGUCCUUUUUCUGCCUUUUAUUUCAACAGUAGAUUCCUACUUCUGUCAACUAUUUGCAAGCCAAAAUGCAAUGUACAGUAGAUAUAUAUUUUAGACUUACUGCACUUAAGACUGUUUGUAAAUACAAUCAACUAAAGAAAUGAAGUGACUAAAGUUGCACUUUUUUUUUCUUUUAACAAAAUGGCUAAAAAUGGAAGCUAGUUUACAACUAAAACCAUAAUUUAAUUCAAUACUGUGUAAAAUGAAGGAGUAAUAGUCAAAAUUAAAAUCCAUGUAAGAAAAAGACUGGCACAUCUGUGAAUAUUCAGUCAUUUUAUUGAAUGACAAUCAUAUUUCACUGGUUAUUUUUACAUACAGCAAGUAUUUUUUCCAUGUUAGUUAAAUGCAAUGUCACAGGAUGAUAACUUUCCAUAAAAUGGGGCCAAGCAGGAGCAUAAAAGUU